CUUCACGUCACGUGACAGGGAAGAAGGGAAGGGAGGAAGGUAAGAAGGAAGGAAGGAGGAGAAGUAAAAGAUAAAUAACGGGGAGAUUAUGAGCCUGACAAGACGAGGAGUCAUCGUCUGAAGCCUUCAGACUGACUGACGGAGAUACGAGAAGAUGGAGACAUGUUGAGUGGUGAGCUCCAGAUGUGAUGGGAGGACAGAGGUGGUCAGCAGCUGGACAUGAGAUGAACACGUGAAUAAAGAAUCCUUUGAGGGAAAGAGAGAAGGGGAGAAGAUGAAGCUGAACGAACGCAGCGUUGCCCACUAUGCCACCUGUGACUCCCCACCAGACAAGACAGGCUUCCUGUUCAAAAAGGGCGAGCGCAACACGGCUUAUCACCGGCGCUGGUGUGUCCUGAAAGGGAACAUGCUCUUCUACUUUGAGGAGCGUGACGGCCGAGAGCCCAUUGGCGUCAUCGUCCUGGAGGGAUGCACCGUGGAGCUGUGCGAGUCAGCUGAGGAGUUCGCCUUCGCCAUCAAGUUUGACUGUGCCAAAGCUCGCGUGUACAAGAUGGCUUCUGACAGCCAGGUGGCUAUGGAGUCGUGGGUGAAAGCGUUGUCCAGGGCCAGCUUUGACUACAUGAGGCUGGUGGUGAAGGAGCUGGAAAGGCAGCUAGAGGAGAUCCAGGAGGCUGCGGGAGGCAGCUGUGUCGGGGCUGCAGUUGGAGGGUUGCAGGGCAGGCCGAAGGUGUCCAGGCGAAGCCAUGUUUCGCGGUCUAAGUCAGGAGCAUCCUCUUCUUCAUCGUCUUCAUCCUCUUUAUCGUCUUCAUCAAGUGCUCCUCUCAUGUCAGUCCCCUUCUCCGCUCAAAAGAGCAGCCAGGAUGAGGUGCAGCUCGUCUCUGGCUGCUCCAGAGAGAACGGGGUUGCAUGGAGUAGACCACCUGUUGCCUUGGCUAAUGGCUUCGUUGAGGGAGGAUCUUCCAGUGCGGCCUGGGAAGGCUGUGCAGAGUCUGGGAGUAGCCCUGGGAUCGGCUAUGGGGCCGAGGGGUCGAGGGCUCCACCAGUGCCACCGAGGAGAAGAGGAGCAUCUCUGGAAAGCCCGGUCUCCCCUGGCACCGUCUGCUUCUCCAAACUCCAUGACUGGUACGGCAAAGAGGUGGAGGACUUGAGAAUGCAGUGGCUGCAGAGCCAGUAAUGAUGAUGAAUGAAAUGGGUCAUUUAUUUUUCCUGAACAUCCUGAAAUAUUACACCCUUCUGGACCCAGCAGAAAGGGAGAAAGCUUGGACAUUAUUCCAGAAUGCAGUCUUAACUAACUGACUGAUUCACCUGGCACAGUCUUAAAGAAUAACACAAUCCACUUUAUUAAUAUCUUUAUCCACUCCAAGAAAAUUUGAAAUUCCAAAUAGUUUUUUUCUAGAGUUUUGCUCGUUGUCGUUUGCCAAGGACAACAUGAUUUUUUUCAAGAGUGGGGCCAUGUGAUGGAUAAAACUGAUUCCAAUUUUUUUUCUGCCCAUCGAGCUUCUUAAUGUACUUGUGCAAUUGUUGUGGAGUCUGUUUUCAAGAAUAAUGUUUUGCUAAAGUUACACUUACAAACUAUUAUGCCAAGCACCUGAAAAAUACCCCCAAAAACCACAUGUAGCUGCUAAAAUCAACAAAGUUAUGUAUAUUUCUAAUGGAAGGGAAAUAGGUUAUAUGCGAAUGAAACAGGUCACUUAACGAUCAAAUCACAAAACAAAUCAAAGUAGAUCUUGAUGCUAUAGUGAUAUUUCAAAGUGCUUGAAUCAGGAAAUUAGACGAUCAAAUUAAAGAAGGUCCAGAUAAAUGUUUGAGCAGUCGGUAAUAUCUUCUACAUUAUCCAUUGGCAUCUCAAUUCAUGAUUUCAGGUUUCCUGCAACUUUAAAACAUCAAACCAAGAUCUUCUUAGCAGAGAAAUGAGGCGGCUCUCAGGAUAAGAAGUGUUGUUAGUGGGAAAACGAGUCCAGCUUCUCCUCCGUACUCUCACUGGGGCAGCUCUCGCCUCAGAGACCUUUUAAUGUCAGAGCAUCUUCUCGACAGUCAGCUGGGACCGAGGUGGGAGCGGGAUGUCUCGCUCAGAGCUGCACACCCUGGUAUUUUUAGCCCCUGUUAGCCAGCGGCCAGAUGAUGUUGUGUCAUGAGAGCACUUGUCACUGAGUUUUCCUUUGACUGAUAUAUUCCUUAAAAGCAGAUUGUUAUCCUUGACCUUGGCCGAUGUUACUCUUGCCACAAUUCUCUAAUAAUGACAUGUCUUACAAUCAAAUCUUAAUUUUAUUUGUUUGUUUGUCAGAAAGUUGUUGAUCUGAAUGUUACUGAAUGACUGAGGCCUGGACUAUAUGUGAAUAUCUGACCUCUUUUGUGUUGAAAAAUCUACUAUUCCAUGUUGGAAAAUUAACACCAGCAGCUUGCAAAAUGAGCCUUUUUAAAAUGAUCCCUCAUACCGCAUUCUAUAUAUCAAUCACCUAGCCUUUUACAUUUUCUUUUAUACGUGCCUUAUGUUAUCUUUAUACCUCUGUUACUACACUUGUAAGCAUUACCAUAGAACCACAGUGAUCGGAGGGUUUGAAUAUUCCUUUUAAUUGUUAUUCUUCUACUGUGCCUACAACGGCUCAUCUCAGUGCAAUCACGUUUUUUUGCUCAGUUACUUCAGUCGGCAUCGAUGCACAGUGCUUGUGCACAAACGACAAUUGUGGGAAAGGAACGGUACAGUGUGGGUUGUGUGUUUUAAUGCAGCAAUAUCAAAAAUUUAUUAUCCAAAAUAUUAUUGAUGCAUUACUGCCAAUUUUAUGAACUCCAGAAAUAUGUUACUGUAAUCACAGAAGCCAACAGUCCGUUUUACAAUAAUGUUAAAGGGAAUUUAAGAAUACUUCCAAUUAAACACAUAAAUGAUAAAAGUAUGUAUCUUUUAUCAUUUGUGUCAAAUGAGUGCCAAAUGAGGAAAGCAACCUAAAUGCACAAUGAUAGUAUUUUCCCUCAACCUUUUGAUUUUAGUAUACAUUUUCUAUAUUUUAGCACACGAUAUGAGUAUUAUAUUAAAUAACCAAUAAUAUUUAACUCAUUGUCCUGAUAUGUUACCCUGAAAAGAUUUUUGUCAAUGAAGCAUUCGCUGUUAGCCAAUUAAUAAAACUGUGCGAAUUGGU